AUGUCUUCUCCAAACCACACUGUAGUGACAGAAUUCAUUCUCAUGGGACUCACUGACGACCCAGUGCUAGAGAGGAUCCUGUUUGGAGUGUUCCUGGUGAUCUACAUCAUCACACUGGCAGGGAACCUGUGCAUGAUCAUGCUGAUCAGGACCAAUUCCCACCUUCACACUCCCAUGUAUUUCUUCCUCAGUCACCUUUCCUUUGUAGACAUUUGCUAUUCUACUAAUGUCACCCCCAAUAUGCUAUAUGACUUCUUGUCAGACCAGAAGACCAUCUCCUAUGCUGGAUGCUUCACACAGUGUCUCCUCUUCAUUGCCCUGGUGAUCACUGAGUUUUAUAUCCUAGCUUCAAUGGCCUUGGAUCGCUAUGUAGCCAUUUGCAGCCCUUUGCACUACAGUACCCGGAUGUCCAAGAACAUUUGCAUCUCUCUAGUCAUUGUCCCUUACACUUUUGGCUUCCUUAAUGGACUGUCUCAGACACUGCUCACUUUUCACUUGUCCUUCUGCUCUCUUGAAAUCAAUCAUUUCUACUGCGCUGACCCACCCCUCAUUAUGCUGGCCUGCUCUGACAUCUACAUAAAAAAAAUGGCGAUGUUCAUAGUUGCUGGAUUUACCCUCUCAAGCUCUCUCUUCAUCAUUCUCCUGUCCUACCUAUUCAUCAUCAGAGCCAUCUUGAGGAUCCAUUCGGCUGGAGGCAGGUACAAAGCCUUUUCUACCUGUGGUUCCCACCUGACAACAGUCACUGUAUUUUAUGGAACCCUCUUCUGCAUGUAUGUGAGGCCCCCCUCUGAGAAGUCGGUGGAGGAGUCCAAAAUAUUUGCCAUCUUUUAUACUUUCUUGAGCCCAAUGUUGAACCCGUUGAUCUACAGUCUGAGAAACAAGGAUGUGAUUCGUGCCUUGCAGCAAAUGAUUAUGGGAAAUAUCUUCCAUAAAACCGCAGCAUAG